AUGGAGAACGAAUGGCUCCAUGCCCCUCGAGCGGUGGGUUUAGUUUCAGUUCGCAAAUUACCACGUCGAAAACAAGUGCUUUCAAGUUCCGUGAUGCUGUCAUCUACGUCAAGUAAAAUCGCUGCUCGCUACGAAUGCGACGGGAAGGAGGUACCCAGAGUCUUAUGGAGAGUGCGUUACACUGGCCAGUCGUUGAAAGCUCGUGCCAAGCCAACGUUCAAGAGCAAGCAGCAAUUCAAGCGAGCUGUUGAGCUGCAUCUCAACUGGUCCAACCGUAUUCCGACUCCAUUCGUGGCGUUAUUUGGUACGCGUGAACAUGCAGUCAAAUGGGCCAAAAGCCACUUCGAACUCGGAUACGACGACGUGUUUCUAUUGAAAAUCGAUGCGUCAAAGCUGGGGCCGAUAUUCCGAGUGCGGUACCUGCUGCAGGACUCUGAUAUCCACAACGACGAGUUCUUGGUGCUACGUAAGAUUACUCGACGGAGUAUUAUCCGAGAGACCUACUUAUCCUGCAUUGAGGACGACUCGAGCGAGGACAGUGUUGGACGUAGUAGCGAAGAAGCUAGUGAGGAGGAAGAUGUGUUUGCAGGUUAG